GUUUAAAAUCACAACAAUGAUAAAAAAUGUAUAUCUGUGUUCCAAAAAACUGUUCGCUAGACCAGAUGUAAAUGAAAUGGCAGUAAGUUCACAAGAUAUCCAGUUCAGCUUAGCCAGUAAUUACAUAUUUUCAUCUUAAGGUGUAUAUGUAGCAGCAACUUCCAUAGUUCAUCAGAAAAAAAAAGCUAUUCAUUGUUGGUGUUAAUUCAAGACCAUCAGUCCUUCUCCAAGAGCAAGAUUUUGAAAAUUUCAAAUGAGUUGCAGUAGCAAGAAAUGAUGAAGUUUCUGAGUUUUGGAAGACUUCCUCUACUAAUGGGUCAUCAACUCCCUCCUGACCUGAGAGAGAUCGCUAUUCUUGGUGGCUACCGACCUUUACAAAGUACACCCAGACAGUGUCUACAGAGCGUGUUUUCUCCUACCAAUGAAACUAUUAAUGUCUGGACACAUCUAAUUCCAAGUGUAUAUUUUAUAUGGAAACUAGUAACCUUUUGUUAUUCACUAGAUGUGUCCACAACACCCUACACGUGGGCUUUUGUGGCCUACAUGGUAACUGCAUGCACAUAUCCCUUUGUAAGUGCCAUGGCUCAUACAUUUUAUGUUAUGUCCACAUUUGCAAGGAAGAUUUGCUUUUUUCUGGAUUAUGGUGCAUUAAGUUUCUAUAGUUUUGGAGUUGGCUUGUUGUAUAGAGCUUACGCUUUUCCAGAAACUCUUCUUGAGUCAAAAUUUUGUGAUGUUUUUCUAUUUGUAUGUUUGCUGAAUGCACUGAUGUCUACUGUUAUUGCUUGUUCUUCUCGGUUCUUUACCAGUAGAAUUUUGAUGAAACUUUUUAGAUUAGGGGCUUUCUCUUUUCCAUGGAUAUGGGACAACAUUCCUUUAAUUUAUCGCCUCACGUAUGCUGAUCGGCUUCAGUCAGUAUCUGAAGUGCACUACAUGCGACAGUUGGUCUUCUCAGUUCUAAUUGGUUUCUUGUACACCUCUCAUCUUCCUGAAAGACUGGCACCUGGCAAAUUUGACAUUGUAGGACACAGCCAUCAGCUACUGCACAUUUGUGGAGUGUUAGCAACCACUGAACAAAUCAAUGGAGCCCUGUAUGACCUUAAGGUUCGACGAGAAAUUCUUCAGGUUUCAGGUAAAAUGGUCUGUAGUUCUUGGUCUGUAGGUGCAGUUGUGUUUUUGUUCUUUGUAAAUGCUGGUAUAAUUGCUAUGUUCACCAGAUAUGCCUGGAAAAGUCGGAAUGAUAAAGGUGAGUCAGAUAAAGAUAGGUAGUUCAGCUUUUUGGAAUAGGAUCAUAUCAUUCACUUGUAUCAUCUCCUUUACAGUAACAUUUUGUAUGAAAAGCUGAUUAAUUCAAUGUUUUAGGCACUGAAAUGUGGUAGUUGUAAGUCUUUCAGUAACAUACAUAAUCAGGAUGUCUGAUGUGAAGAAGACUUCAGGUUAUCAAAUAAAAGGAUUUUAUGACAUUAGUCAGUGGUAUAUGAAUUUUGUUUUGUACUGUUUUAAUAAAUUCCUAUAGUUAAUGUUGCUUUUGGAUUUCUAAGUCUCUUGAAACUUAGAGCUGUUAAUAUAAUGUGAAAGAGCAAAAGUCUAGAGAAAAGUAUAUUUAAUCUAAUAUUUGAGAUGGUUUUAUUUUAUAGUGAUUUUUAUGGUAUUAAUAGAAAACCUAAAGAUAGAAAAAAUAUAAGUUUGGUUUUCAAUAAGGUGACCAUAUAUUGUAAACCAAAAUUGGACAGAAAUGUAUAGAAGUUUGGACUUGUAUUCACUGUAAUUAGAUACAGACAAUACUGGAAAGACUUGCCGUAUUAGUGCCAGUUAUAUUUUUCUGUGGAGUGUAUCUGUCUUAGGAUAUUAUUGUCUUAAAAAGAACAGGAAAAUGUUUUGUAACACAUUCAGUUGUAUAACUGAGGUGAUAGCACCAGUGUCGUCACAUGACAAUGAUGUACCUAAGCUAAUAAUAAAUACUGGCAGAAUAGUUAUUUCUGACAUACUUCUGUUGCUGACUUUGUAAUAAAUAUGAAAAAUUAAAUUAAGGGUAUUUCUAGUUUUGAAAGAAUAUGUAUUGAAAUUUUUACUGUGAAAAUAGUUGUUUUAUGAUACACUUAACUGACUGUUAUAAGAAAAUUCAUAAACAUAUAUAUACACACACACACACCACAAAGACAUUUUGAAAAUGAAAAGAAAUUGAUUCUUACAGCCCAGUUUAAAUAUAAUAAACAAUACAUUCUUACUGCCUCUCUUGCAUCCAAUGCAAUUAUGAAGUAGGUAGCUAUACAUAAAAUAUGGAGUGUGUGUGUGUGUGUGUACAUAUAUCAUUGUUUGGUAAUACAUUUCAAUUUUUUUCGUGAAAUCGUAUUCAUUUUAGACAAUUUUAUCAGUGUCAUUUUAUCAGCUGGCUCUUAUUUUAAUUCUGUUUGUAACUAAUGGAAUUUUAGACUUUAAGAACAAAAGAAAAACAUGCAGGCGAUAAAAAUAUAAAAUCUUAUAAUGAAGUAAAUUCAACAGAAAUAUAUAGUGUUUUGAUAUAUACUACAAAGAGGAUAUAUACAUAUAUAUAUUUUAAAUAUAAACUACAAGAGUUUGCUCCUGACAGCCUUAUCAAUAAAUUACGAAAAAAAACGAUCGUGAAACUUUUCUACAUUUUUAGCUUCCUUUUUAUAGUUCAUUCCACCCUUUUGAUAAAAUGAACAUUUUAUUUAAGGGUGGAUGUAAUAUUUCCCUUGUUACCGUAAAAGUAUAUAUUGUGCUGUGGAAGCGUGAUUAUUAUUAGGGUAGAUUUUGACCUUCAAACGUUCGGAACACAUUACCGAACAAAGGUCCAAACUUUGAUAGUACUAAUUUGCAUAGCUUACAGAUGACGUCACUAUCACCACUAGUUUAUGUUAGAUUGAAAAACCCUCUGAUUUUCCGUAUAAAUGAAAUAAAACGUACAUGUAUAAUUUAAAAAUGUUUUAUAUUUUGGAGAGUUACCAUGCUUGGGUAUUUUUUAAAAUGCACGUUGUUUGUGUACAGAUACUUGAUACUACUUGCAAUCCUCAUACAGCUACAUAGAGUAGGCUUACAUUGCAAUAGCACCGUAUUGCAGCCAGUUAAAAGGACUGUAGCUGUUUUAAUCAAAACAAGUCUUCAUUUAACACCUUCCAAGCAGGAUAAUGCACCCCAGAGGCUCAACGAUAAGUCUGCAGGCUUACGAUACUAAAAUACGGGUUUGACACCCGUGGUGACAGCGCACAGACAGCCUAUUGUAUAGCUUUGUACUUAACAAAAUCAAACUAAAUCCAAGGAGGUUAACAGCCGCAGUCAUUUUAACGUUUAAUUGUUGAUUAAUUAAGCAUACGCAAUAAACAUAAUAAUAAAUAAACAGCAAAACAGAACAGAGUAACACCAACAGCUUGAUUAGAAUAUAUAAGAGAGAUAGUGUUAUUACCAGUCUCUUUGAGUGGAGUGUAUUGUUUCACUUGUGCACAUUUUUUCAUCAUUGAAGUUACUAGCAGAAAUACCCGCCCUCCGGGUACUAUACCUGCUAGUUCUUGAUAAAGGCUAUUGGGCCUGCGUCCUUUUCUGAAAUUGUCUGACAUUUCUACAACAAUGUACUCGUACUUGACAUUCAAUAAUGUUCACCAUCCAUGAUAAAAAAAGAUUUGAUUGAAAUUUUAGUUUAAAAAUGAGCCAUCAUCACAGCAUUACAUCACAGAGUAGAUUUUAUUGAAGUAUUUCUUUGUAGACGCAGUUAUCAAAGAAAGUGCCUUUUUGUUGCAACACUCACGAGAUUUUAACUAAAUAAAAACAAAUAAUUUUUUUAAGUUUGUUUUUUCAUUGUUUUAUAUCUGAAACUUACUUCCUUUUAUGUAAUUUUUAUUGGUUAAAUCUGAAACAUAUCAUUUUUAUGGCUCAGCUAUAAAAAUAUUGCCCAGUUAGAAAAAUAUUACCUAGUGAUGAUUGGUGCAGUAGUUUCCGAGAUCCGACUUUUAGACGUUACACAUCGCAAGCUCCAUUAUAAUAAGAUUGUUGUUAGCAUAUAUUUUAUGUUUCAUACUUAUUUAACCAUAAUACUUAUCUUACGUCUUCUUCACUAAGCAUUUAGUACAUUUUAUUGAAACAAUACAAGCACUAAUCAUACUUCCCUCUGAUCCAAUUGCUGGGAAUGAGCCGCCAUGUGUAACAUUUUAGUGGUGGUGGUGGUGUGCGUGUGUGUUUUUAAAUACAAUUUUUGAUUAAGUAAUGGGCAUUAUACAAAUCGAAAGAUCGAAUUUUUGAAAUGGGUGACAUUUAAUUUGUGAUUAAUAUUCAAAUGGUUUCUGUUAACCACAACAAUGAAAUAAAAAGUGAGACUUCUUGACUGCCACUUGACGAACAUUCAACUGUUUAGGAUUAUCUUCGAAUUUCUGGCUAGCGAACGAACUUUUAAAUACAGCUCUAAUUAUAAUCAACUAUAUCUGUCAUAAGGCAGAGUAGUAUAAGGCUUAUUUGGGGUACCUUUGGGCUUUUCAGAGAAGAAGAGUGUAUAAUUGUAUUUCAACCACACUGUGUCCACCACAGCCAUUGCCACACUUUACUCGGUAUGAAAAUAAAUAAUGUAAUGCUAAAAAACAUGGAACAUUAAUUACUGAUAGCAAGAUCCAAAUCUUUUUAUCAGCUAAGUUGAAAUGCAUUACUUUCACUGAGGUUCUGAGAAACAAAGGGACUAAUAUGCAAAGUAUUUCAGCUAAGGGUGUUUCUGAUCAAAUUUGUGUUCUUUUUAUGUGAAAAUAGAAUAAGUAUUGAAAGUUAUAUAUCUCUUUGCCAAUGCACUUUAUGGCUCAGCUGUAACUUGAGCGCUAAAAAUGGAAUUAACCUUUGCUUUAUGAAUAAGAUCAAAGAUGAUUUCAACUAGAAAGUUGUGUAUAACCAAGCCAAAACAGUAAUAAGCUACUUAUAAAAAUACCUUAACUUCUAGGAUAUUGUAAAGCAUGACAUUAAGAGCUUCUACGUGUAUUUGUGUGAUUUAUAUGUAUUCUUCUGACUCAAUAGUACAUACUUUCAGGGUAGAGUUUAUUGUGAUUUAUAUUGCAUGGGGGGGGGGGGGUAUGAACGAUCUUUCUUUUCGACC